GGGGCAAAAGAUCAAUCUUUUUUUUUUAAAAUGUUUUCUAUAUUGGUUAAAAUCUACAAUGGAUUAUUUCAAGUUGUGAUAGCACUGAAGGCUACAAUUAAGAAACAGGUUAUGAUAGCACUGAAGGCUACGAUUAAAAGACAGGUACACCUUGAUUACCAUGAAGUUGGUGCUAAUAUCAUAAUAUCUGUAUCAUAUCAGGCCACUCUUCAAGGAUUUGUAGCUAAAGGGAUAUCAAGAGAAGAAGGUGAAGCUUUACUCAGGAAAAUUGUUGAAAUAGCAUGUGAUGUACGGGAUAUAUAUUAUUAUAAAGCCAGCAAAGGUUCUUGGGAUGUUAUUGGAGAUCCAAAAGCUUUAAACGUCCACUCCUUGUUGCUGCUUCUGUUGGAGGCUAUGGAGCUAAUCUUGCUGAUGGUUCUGAAUAUAGAAACUUUUCCUCUCGAGCACUUGUGAUAUUCUCAUGCAUUGCAGUGGCAUAUAUGGGGAUACAGUGACUCUGGAGACUUUGAAAGAUUUCCAUAGAAGAAGAGUUCAAGUUCUUGCCGACUCUGGUGCUGACCUGCUUGCAUUUGAGACAAUUUCAAACAAAUUGGAUGCUAUGAUAAUGGGGAAAGUGAAUAAAGAGAGGCUGGGAGAAUUCCUUGGGGAGUUGCAGAGGAAAGAGCAUACAAAUGACAGGUAUGUUGCUGUUCUGAGAGGGGAAACGUUGAUUAGAAACCCAUUUGUGAGAAUGCAACCUUUCCCAGACCAAAGCACAACUGAAGUUAGCAAGGCAUAGGAGUAGAUAAUGAGACUGCUGUUGGCAGACUUUUGUACCCAGAACUUUUUUCUAUUUUUUUCUCCCUUUUCACUACCAUUGUAGAGCACACUAUUAUGAAUGUCUAACGGUGACUUUUGAUUUACUGAUUCUUUAUCAUAAUGGGAUCACCAAAACUGAAGCUUAGCUUGUAUAUAUUUGUGUUUUAUAAAAAGGACAAAUAUUAGAUGGUACAAGGA